CGAACACCAGAGCCGCCCGGCGACGUACGUGAUAGCCACAGAGCCACCAACACGUCCGCCGUAUCUUUCCACCACUACCGACGCACCAGCAGCGUCCAUGCUACUAGCCUCCCUUUUCGACGGAGAGAAGGUUUCAUCCCCCAGUGAACGUGGUACGGGGACUCCCCCGAAAAUUCUCUCCCUUGCAGACGUUACCCCCACCCCGGGGGUGAAAACUACCCCACGACGUGUGGGGUGUCCGGCCUGCCGAGGUGAACCGAACGCGUCCGAAGUGAGCGCAGUGCCCGACACCAGGUCCCGAACGCCACGACUAGGCGCACGUCCGGCACAGUCCACUCAGAGAUACGACCCAUGCUGGACCAACAUCGCUGGUCCACGCCAGCAGCAUCCGACACAACCAGCACGAGUUGAUCCAGCGACACGGCCUGGAUCAGGAGGAUAAGGAAGGAAGGAUCGGUGGUUCCUGUUGUAUUUCGCGGAGAAGAGACGAUUCGGUGUUGCACGCGUUUUGUGAAAAGGACAAUGUUUAUUUUUUUAUUUUUCUUCGAAUGACAAGCACGUCCUCGCGCAAUAAUCCUUAAUCGUUCGUACGGUGCUCGUUGUGCUUUUACUUUGUUUCGCGUUCGUACGACGUGUCGUCGUUUUAAUGAUAUCGCUGUCGGCUGAAGAAACGUGUCUCUGUCGGGAGUUUACGUGUGUUCCUUGAGGACUACAAAAUUAUACUCGUGUUCGCGUACAAAAGUGUCAGGAAAGUGUGGAUGGGCUGUAUGCUGUUUUUUUGGCAUUGUUUUUUCAAGCCUACCAAAAGGCCUGCGUCGCCCGACGAAAAUACGAAACUGUCAACGCGGUUAACCUUCACGGGAAAACUUGCUCGGAGUCUCGUCCGCUGUCCACGAGUCAUUCGGACGUGAAGAACGAGGAUCGAAAAGUUGACACGAUAUAACAGUGAGAAUAACCAGUGUCCAAAGUUUGUUACUGUGUCGCGAUACAGAGGGGAAAAUUCCGAAUGUCAAACACGAGAAGGCUGAACGUUUGACAGGAUCCUUCGCGGAAGAUCGAAGAAAUCGCUGACGAGUCGAACGGACGACGUACGACUGUAAUCGUGUCUCUGGGCAGUUGCCGUUUAUUUAUUCACAAACACGAGAAAUUUUCUUCUCGAGGCCCAGACCGAUCGUACAACAUUUCUUCGACAAGGACGGCUAAGGUGAAAAACAAAAGCGCGUGACACGGACACGCGCCCAGCUAUGCUGCCCAUUUGACGAAGAGCUCGGCAAGGAACUUACGAUAAUUAUUACUUCGGUGUAUGUAUAUAUGCAUGCGGAUAUAUAUAUAUAUUUUAGAAAAAAAAAAGGAAAAGCGUCACGUCCUCGACGCGAUUUUUGAGAGGCAGAGAGGAAUUUUCGUAAAAAUUCAUUCGCCAAAGUACAGAAACAAGUGAUCCGCACGAAUGGUGACGAGAUUAACGAAAUACGUGGUGAAUCCCACGGGAUAUCCAGGCGGAUCCGGAAACACGAAGAGACGAAAGGAAGGUGACGCGACAACGAUCGCGGAAGAAUUAAUUUUUUUCUUUUAUUUUGUUCUACGUUAAAUCUUAACGAGAAUUUCAAAUCCCCCGUUCGCGGGCCGCCAGUGAUUAUUUCCCGUGAAAUCCGCGGGAAAAAAUUUUCGACACACGGGAAUUGUUGAAAAACAAAAAAUUUUCGAGUUUUACUCUCCUUGUAAAUUGAGUGUCGUCGGUAACGAUCGAGACUUUCAUCAUGAGGAUCAAAAUGCCUGCUGUUAGAAUCGCGCAAGCGGAGACGUCGCAGGGCACCACUCAAGACACCGUCCAAUGCGGGGGCUGCCGGGCGUCCUACCCCCUCGCUGAGAUUGUGCGAUUUAUCGAGCACAAGGUCAACCACUGUCGCAGCACACUUCAGGGCUGUCACAGUCCGUCCCCAGCUGCUGCGCCGGAGGACUCGGACCCCGAGGACGCCCUGGCGCUCAAAGCGGAACAGGAAAAAUUGAAUUCGGUGCCGAGUAUCUCGGCGCCUAUCAAUAAAAGGGGCACCAGGGUGGAGAGUCCGCCUACCCCGCAGGGAUCAGCUCAGGACAGUGGCAGUCCCAUUGAGCUCAGGGCCAGUGCCAGUUCCACCCCCAAGAGACGGCUGGAGGGCCCCGAGGAGGACAAGGAGGAAUUGCCGAAGAAACGUAAAACGGAAUCCGUCGAUGCUGAUACCAAUACCGUUAAUUCCAAACCAAGAUGGCUGCAGUGCUCGCAGUGCUCCCGUCGACUCUCCUCCGCCUGGGAACUCCUGCAGCACGCGCAGAGCGUCCACGGGGCGAGGCUCUACACGUCCUCGUCAUCCUCGGCGAACUCCUCCUCGAACGCGCCGGCACUGAGUCCACCUACCCCCACGCCGACCCACACUCACCACCUCAGUCCACCCAAUCACCUGAACCUCAGUGGGAAGUCGACCGGAAGUUCCUCGGCCGCAAAUUCCUCGGGGGGUACCAAUUCCAGCGGUAGCAGCGGAGGUCGACAGCUACAGUCUUCGGCGUCCCUGGUCGCGGAUCCUCUUCAGAGCUUCCUGAGGAUGCCUCAGCACCUAGAGAGAAGCUUUCCACCCAUGUUCAGGCCUGACUUCCUCGCGCUGAACUCGCUGGCUGGGUACAGGGGACUUCCGGAUCUUCAAACGGCUACCAGAAACCUACAGAACCUCGGCGAUCCUCUACGGGGUAUGGACGGUGUUAACCUGGGUGAUCCUCUCGUCAGGAGCUCCCUGGAUUCCUUCAACAAUGCGAGGAAUCUGGCUAAUCUGGCUGAACUCUCUCACGGGAGAGGUCUGGCUGCACAGGGUCAUCCACCACCUCUAGAAGCCAACCUGGAUUUUUACUCGGCGCGCCUAAGGAGCCUCGCUAACCCGUCCUUAGGCGCGGCUCCGAAUCCACCCUCCAACCCCACCCCCGUAGUCAGUCUACCUCAUUCCAUAGAGCCACCAAGUCCAGCAGCAAAUCCUACCAACCUCACCCACUCCCAUCAGAAGGAGAACUCGCCGCCAUGUUAUACGCAAAGUCCUAUUGGGCAUCACAAUAAUAAUAAUUCAACAGACUCCGAAAAGACGAGCCCACCGGUGGCCUCCACUCCGAUCAUCACCGACAGCGAGACCGUCUACACCUGCGAGGUCUGCGACAAGAAGUUCAGGUUUCAGUCGAACCUCAUCGUCCACCGCCGGAGUCACCAGGACAAGGAGAGGGCCUUCCAGGAGACGAUGCAGGACGGCACGGCCACCAGGUGCGAGGUCUGCGAGCUGGAGGUAGCAAGCUUCUCCGAGCUCAGGAAACACAUGAGGAAGGAGCACCAGGAGAGUCUGAACGUGGCUUCGAGUCCUCAGGGUAGCGUGGAGACGGUGCCCGACGACGGUAGCAGCUGCGACGAGAACAUAGACCUGGACGAGGCCGAGGAUAAGGUCAGGGAAGAUACGGAGGAGAACACACCGGAGGACCUCAGUACGACCCAGGGUCAAAGUAGCGAGGAGAGCGGGGGCCGAGUCGAUCAGAAGCCGAGUCUGGUCGGGGACCUCAUGGAAAAGUUUGGUCUGAGCAACAUAGCCCAAUAUUCGGAAGCCUACAGGCAGGCCCUGCAAGAGAAUCAUAGGGGCGCCUUCAUAAAGGCAGAGUCCACGUCCAACCUCACGAAUUCCCUGAACAACAACAAGGAAAAGGACAGCGCCCUCUCGCCGACAAACUUCAACUCCUCGUCCACCCCCAACAUAUUCUCGGGUCAGGGCUUCCCCAGGAGCACGGGUCCGGACUUUGGUGGUCUCUGGCUACCAAGCCCGCACUACCUGGAGAACAACGAGUUCCGGAAGGCCUCCAAGGCCACGACCUCCAGCCUGUCCCUUCAGGGUCUGCCCAGUCCACUCCUGAAGAAGGAACGAAGCGGCAGAAACGACACCUGCGAGUACUGCGGCAAGGUCUUCAAGAACUGCUCCAACCUGACGGUCCACAGGCGGUCCCACACCGGCGAGAAGCCCUACAAGUGUGAACUAUGCUCCUACGCCUGCGCCCAGAGUUCAAAGCUCACGAGACACAUGAAGACCCACGGCAGACACGGCAAGGACACCUACAAGUGUCGCUUCUGCGAGAUGCCCUUCUCGGUACCCAGCACCCUGGAGAAGCACAUGCGCAAGUGCGUCGUGGUGGUCCAGCAGGGUCCUAAAUUGGGUAUGCCGUAUCCUGGUAGCCAGGACGAGGACUCGUCUCUCAGUACCAAGGACACUUGAUCCUGGAACGGCAGCCUACCGCCGAUCCCACCAAUGUGGCCGCAUAGGCCGCCAUAUCCAGUAUACUAAGUGUUCGGUGCUGAUCUACAUGGGACAUGGCACAUCGAAGAGUGAUCCGGGAAGACUCCAGAGGAUGACGUCCAAGUUGAUUUACAGACAGGACUCGUCCUACAGGUACCUCUUGCACCGGGUCUUCGAGAUGGUCCUCAUGGUAGAGGAUGCGGUAAGGGUUCUCUAAGGUGGCUAGCAGAUCUACCACAGGGUCUGGUCAAGGCUUGAUUUUACACUUCAAGCACUACUGCACCUCAGCUCUACCCACCGGAAAUGAAUCACGUCCAGAUUUCACUGGGCGACGUAUACCGGAAGUCCUCAAGAACAGCCUGAACGAGCUCAAGGAGAAGAAGAGAAAAAACGCGAUCCGUCGCGUCGUACAACGAAAUACCCCAGUCUGUCAGGACUGGGCGGGGAAGAUUCGACGAGGUGAGAAUCGUCGGGGAAGAAAGUCAAGAAAGUGAAUGGAGGAGGAGAAUUUAAAAGAAAAAGAGAGAAGCCGAAUAAGAUGAAGCUACAAACGAAAUACUUAAAAAGAAAAACCCCAAUAAUUUAAACUGAAACGAAUGAAUGGUUACCAUUGCGAGUCUCAGACCCCUAUUAAAUUAUGUACUUAUAAAUAACGACGAUAUAUAUAUAUAUCUAUAUAUAUAUAUAUAUAUAUA